GAGCAUGAACAAGUGACCCAAAACAAAGAGAGAGAGAGAGAGUUAGGGGCCAGCCAGAGUCAGACUGAGACAUACAAAAGUUUCCGUUGUGCUGCAAAGAGAAACUGGGGUCUAUAUCUGAGUUGUAUUGUAUGUUGUAGAUUAAAUCAGAGAGAGUUACGCCACAUGGGGUGAGAGAUAGUGCCUGGGCAUAAGAGCAUAACACGUUGAGUAAGAAGGGGAGGAGAGAACAGGGCAGGAGAGGGGUUGAGAUUGUUUAGGAAGGGUGAGUGGUUAUUUGUCUCUUGUUCUGCCCUCCCUUGCUCUCUCUCUUUCAGGGUUUUCUCUUUAUACUUUCUCUUUACAAACUGAACGGGAAAGAGACUGUUUAAGAAAUAUUGGCUACUUCUGGAGAACUGACCAAGGAAAUUGAGGAUUUAUGAAGUGAGGACUUUAUGAAUGCAGGCUUGAAAAAACACAAUUUUUGAAAGAUUGUCUGUAAACAGUUUUGAGAGAUUAUUUGUUUGCACUUUUCUGGACAAGACAUUUCCCCUCCACUCUUUCUAAACCACAGCAGUUGCCUACAUUCCUGUUGGACUAUGGUAUAUUCUGGCGCUCUGCCCCUAUCUGGGUUACCUGAUUUCAUUGGAUUACCGAGGAACACCGGUGAAGAUAUAUUGGAUAAAGUGUGCUCUUUUCAACUCGAGCUGUCAACCAUAAAGAUACAAUGACAUCAUUUACUAAGCUGUCCAUGCCAGACAUGACAGACAUCUAGACCACUCCCUCAUUCAACUGUCACAGAUAGGGCUGCCAGACACAAACCGCCAGGCUGCACUGAACAGAUCCCACUCGGACUAACACACCACAACCAGGAAUCCCUCCUCAGGACAAUGGCCACAGGAGGGAACGGGCUCGGAUCUGACCGGAGCCUGAAAUCCAACUCCCAGCCGCCCAGUGCCUCUGACCGGCGGCAGGUGGACAAGGCCCUGAAGAGGCUGGAGAAGCUGCAUCGGCUGUGUACCAACCCCAGGCUGGGCCUGAGGAACAGCCCCCCGUACCUCCCCGAGGUGGUCUCAGAGACAGCCACGCUGCUCACCCAGGUGUGGGAGCCGUACAGGGGGCCUGCAGCAAGGGGGCAGGCCCCCCGGGGGGACGAGGGGGAGUACCUGAGGAUCCAUGCAAGACACCUGCUGGAUAAGACUAACCGGGCCGUGCUGCUGUUUAAAGAGGGGCGCGAUAAGAUGUUCGAGGAGAUGUCCAGCUACAGGAGAAACUUGACCAAGCUGUCCCUGCUCUUCAGUCACAUGCUCUGGGAGCUGAGGGCCAUGUUUCCAGAGGGAAGCUUUCAAGGCGACACCUACAGGCUGACUAAGACAGAGGCCGGAGAGUUCUGGAGGCGAGCAUUUGGAAACAAGUGUAUUGUGCAGUGGAGCAGUUUUAAGCAGCAUCUCCGUAGGGUCCAUGGCUUUGAAGAGGGGAUGGAGUCCAUGGCUCUAAAGUCCACUGUAGAUCUCACCUGUAACGACCACAUCUCAGUGUUCGAGUUUGACAUCUUCACCAGGCUAUUCCAGCCCUGGAGGUCUCUUCUGAGGAACUGGAACCAGUUGGCAGUGACCCACCCCGGCUACAUGGCCUUCCUCACCUACGACCAGGUCAAAGCCCGCCUCCAAAACUACCUGCACCGGCCCGGGAGCUACAUCUUCCGUCUGAGCUGCACUCGGAUGGGCCAGUGGGCCAUUGGUCAUGUGACAGGUGAUGGUGGCAUCGUACAGACGAUCCCCCAGAAUACACCUCUCUACCAGGCCCUCAUCCAGGGCUUCAGGGAGGGCUGCUAUCUUUACCCUGACGGACGUGAUGUGAACCCAGACCUCACCAGUCUGUGUGAACCAGCACAGAGAAGCAGGGUCAAAGUCACAGAGGACGAGUACGAGAUGUACUGUGAGAUGGGUAGUACCUUCCAGCUGUGUAAGAUCUGUACAGAGAGAGACAAGGACACACGCAUCCAGCCCUGCGGACACCUGCUGUGCCAACCCUGCCUCACAGGGUGGCAGAAGUCGGAUGGACACACCUGCCCAUACUGUCGCUGUGACAUCAGAGGGACAGAGUCCAUCCUGGUGGAGCCUUACCUGUCUGUCAGCGAGGAAGAGGAAGAUGAAGAUGACCUGGAGGAUGUACAGCUAGUCAUGAAAAAACUGGCCUAUAUGAAGAGGAUGUCGUCUGAAGAGUACCAGUUCCCCAGCUCUCGCCUGGCUCCACCCCUCCCUCCCAAACACAGCACCUUCUCCCACUGCCCUUCCCCACAAGCCCCCUUACGGCCCUCCGAUAUACUGGCCAAAUACUCCCACUCUAACUCUCGUUCUGCUCACAAUGACACCCCCCCAGACAGAGCGCACACACACCACACUGCCAGCACUAACAGAUGCCAGUGGGAGGAGCUAGCUAGUAGUGAGGAGGAGAAUUCUGGGGGGUUCAGACAACCGCCUACACUCCCAAUCUCUCACAGUGAGGAUUCUGUCUCAGAGCCAAACCUCCCCUCCUGUUCCGUCUCCUCCCAGUCCUGUGGAGAGGGUGGAGCAGCCUGGUUAGGGGCCUCAGAUUAAGUGAAACAGAAGAAGAGGUAUAAAGAAAGGAGUGAAAGGAUGUCGGAGCUCUCGGGUUCAGCCAGAGACAGCGGGAGAGAACCACGUCCUCCUGACGCUGGGAGAAAACACAAGCACAACAUCUCUGACUCAAGAAUGGAUGGAAAAUUGGAAUAAGAAAGGUCGAUUUCCACUGUUCCUGAUAAACAGCCAUUGUUAAUCUUAUGUCCAUGUAUCUUAUGUAUGCCUUAAUAUGGAGGGAGAAUGUCCUGUUGAUCUACUAAUAAUGACAUCAAAGUGAAUGGAGAAGGACAGACUGAUGGAGCAACUCACUGAUGCCCUCUGCUGCACAGUAAACAGAGUAAGCUGCCGCACAGCAAACAGAGUAAGCUGCCGCACAGCAAACAGAGUAAGCUGCUACACAGUAAACAGAGUAAGCUGCUGCACAGUAAACAGAGUAAGCUGCUGCACAGCAAACAGAGUAAGCUGCUGCACAGUAAACAGAGUAAGCUGCUGCACAGUAAACAGAGUAAGCUGCUGCACAACAAACAGAGUAAGCUGCUGCACAGCAAACAGAGUAAGCUGCUGCACAGCAAGCAGAGCAAACUGCUGCACAGUAAACAGAGUAAGCUGCUGCACAGCAAGCAGAGCAAACUGCUGCACAGUUCCAAUAACAGGUCAAAUCCUUCCAUUGCUUGAUGUGUGUAUGUAGGGCAUUGAAAAUAUGCUACCUCAUAAUUUACCCCAUACUUAAAACAUAUUGCAAACAUAGGCUUCAAUUCAUGACUGCAAAUUACAGUGUGGGGCAGAGUCCUUCAGAACCUUGUCCAGGAUGUAUGGCUAGUACGGUAUAUAGCCUACAUACUAUAGUUGUAUGUUAAUAUGAUCAAACAUGAAACCCAAAUAAAUAUUUUGCACAUCC